GCCUGCCAGGCCUGCCCCCUCCCUCGCUGCUGCUGCUGGCGUUCCUGGCUGCCACCGUCUCGGCGACGACAACCGUGGAGCGCCACCACCGCCACCACGGCCACCAAGGCCAUCCUCAAGGUCACCAAGGCCACCACCAGGGUCACCAAGGUCACCAAGGCCACACUGCCCAAGCGUUCACCGCGACGCCCGCCCCGCAGGACGCCCAAGGCCGCCUCACCACGGUGGAGCGCGCGGUGGAGGACAACUCCGUCGACGGCCACCCGAACAAGAGCCCGCCCAGGAUGUACCCGGGGCGGCGCGUGUGCUCGCGUCGGGAGUCGACGCCGCGCCACGAGAAGGUGCGCGAGACGUACUGCCGGCCGAGGCUGCUGCCGUACUCGCAGCGCUGCGCCGGCGACCAGGUCUGCCGCGGAGUCAGGAUGGUGUGCGAGACGGCCUACAGGGACGUGCUGCGCACCAGGGUGACGCCGCGCACCGCCUACUCCUGCUGCCCCGGCUGGAGUGCCCGGAGAACGUCCCCCUUCGGCUGUGACUCGCCCGUCUGCCACCCGCCGUGCGAGAACGGCGGCGUGUGCGAGCGCCCCGACGUGUGCGUGUGUCGCGCGGGGUUCACCGGACCGCGCUGCCAAGCAGACGUGGACGAGUGCGACGAGGCGGCGGAGCGGCGCUGCGACCACGUCUGCAGCAACACGCCGGGCAGCUUCCGCUGCCAGUGCAGGCCCGGCUUCGUGCUGCAGCCCGACGGCCGCAGCUGCCAGCCUGCAGGGAAGCCUCCUGGCAUCGCUCCGGACCCCACGGACGGCGACUUCGAGUUCCUCGCCAAGAAGUUGGCCAAACUGGAGCAAAUUCUGCUGGUGCGGCAGAGGCACGAGCUGGAGGAGGAGGCUGAGGACUCCGAAGUGGAGUUGACGUCCGGCGCGGCGGCGGCCAACGCCGUCGCCAAGCUCAGCGCGCGGAUCGACUCGCUGCAGACGGAGAUUCAACAGAUGCGGCAAGCUGAUCAUCAGCGGUGUGCUCAUGUGCAAGAACAAUUAUCUCGUUUGGAAGACGUUUGCUCAAGAAUAGCAAUUGUGGAACGAAAAGUUCACCAUAUUGCAGGUGCCUGCAGUACUAGAAAUGCCAACAAGGUUUGGCCAUAGAAUACUCAAGAUGUGAUCGGCCUUCAUAGCAGGCAGAGGCAUCCACCAAAGCAGAAGAUACACAGCAAUUUGAUUCACAAAAAAGUAUACCGUGUUAAUUAAAUAAAUUAUCAAACAGAUUUUCACUUCA